AUGGCGAACGUCUACCCAUGCCCAGUCUAUGACCCGGAACUCGUUGCCAUCAAUGGCAACCCGCCGUCGUUCUCAAUUCAGACGACCCAGGAUAUUUAUGCCCUGCGACAGACUACGGCUUCUGUUCUUGAGGAGAUUCUAAAAAAUUGGCGGGUCCAGCAUGAGCCUUACACCGUCUCAGGCGUUCAGGGGGAUGACCUUCAAGUGUCCGUGUUUCGUCCGUCAUCAUCUGCACACUGCCAAUCGCCAACCUCUCGAAAAGCUCCAGCUAUCCUAUACAUUCAUCCAGGCGGGAUGAUAGCCGGGGAUCGCUUCACGGGGAUCGAAUUGUUGCUCGAGCACGUGCAACAGGAACAGGUCGUCUGCAUUACAGUCGAAUAUCGCCUCGCCCCAGAACAUCCACACCCUGCAGCUCUGGAAGACUGCUACACCACGCUUGAGUGGGUCCGAGACCAUUCAGGCCGUCUGGGAAUCGAUCAAUCCCAGCUCCUAAUAGCCGGGAUAUCAGCCGGCGGCGGGCUCGCAGCAGGUGUCGCCCUUUUAUGCCGCGAUCGUGGAGUCUUCCCGCCCCUCUGUGGGCAGAUUCUGCUUUCCCCCAUGUUAGACGACCGUAACAUCACCGUUUCCAGCUUUCAAUACCGAGCGCACGGAGUCUGGUCGCGGGAGAGCAACUUGUUUGCGUGGAAGUGCCUCCUUAAUGGCGGCGGCGGCGAUCACCAAGGGGGAGCAGCACAUGAUGAUGUCUCCAUUAUUUACGCGGCACCUGCACGCGCGAGUGAUCUUGCCCACUUACCCCCGGCGUAUGUUGAGUGUGGGUCAACUGAUGUCUUCCGCGAUGAAGAUACCGCGUAUGCGUGUCGUCUUUGGGAACAUGGGAAUGAGGCAGAGUUACAUAUUUGGCCUGGGGGCUGGCAUGCGUUUCAGAUCUAUAGCCCAGGGUCCAGGUUGGCGAUCACAGCUGCUCAGACGCAGUCGUCUUGGCUUCGCAGGCUAUUGUUGCGCUUGGGUAGCAAUGGCCAAGAUUAUGCCAAAGCUGCCGAAUGA